AUGUCCUCCCUCCUCCGCCGCCUCCUCCCCAAACCCGUCGCAAACAACGGCUCGCAACUCCGCGACCACCAAGCCAACGAGCGCACAUUUCUCUCAUGGACACGCAUGGGCCUCGCCUUCGCGGCGAUGGGGUUAGCUGUUGGAAGACUUGGUCUGAUUGAGCAUAUUUUCAACCCGGUCGCUGAAGUCACCGCGGGUCCUUCGCAAUCAGAAACGCGCAACACAACCACGGUGACGGCUACGGAUCAACACCCGCCUACGAAGACGAAAUUGCGAGAUAGCCCCGAUAUCCUCGUUAGCCGUCUCUGUCAGGUCAUCAGCGUUUGGUCGUUCGGGUACGGUCUCUUCCGGUAUAUAACCGUGAGUCGGAAUCUGGGGAAGGGGCAGUUUGUUCCAAGCAUCUGGGGCCCGGUCGUCAUGACUGCCGGGACGAUGGGGGUUAUCGGCACACUGAUUGAGAUGGACUGGAAGAGGCCGGGACAGGGAGAUGGCAAUGGAAAUGGACGCGGCCUCGAUAUUCGCCAGAUGCUGCAGAGAUGGAAGUCUGGAUCGGACAAAUAA